CGUUGAGAAAACCCUUCAAAUUUCACAAACACCUAUUCGGAUAAUCCCCUCAAUUUCCUAAAGCGCAUUCCAUUCCCUUCCAUUCUCUCUCACACAAUCGCCCUGCCGAGAACGAUCAAACUCACCGCCAUUCCUCUCUCUUCUCUUUCAAUUUCGCAAUUUUUGAUUUCGUAUUUCUUUCAUUUUCGAUUAAUCGCAGACUUUCAUCGUCUGUUUUUUUUGUUUUCUCUGUGCCUCCUUCUCUUAUUAUUGUGCGAAUUUGUGGGUUCAGGUGCUAUGGAUUCAUCAAGAAAGGUCAAUUCCCUUUACCCAAUUCAAGAACCGCUCUUUCCAAGAAAGCGUAGUCGAGAAAACUUGGAUAGGUUCAUUCCUGAUAGGGAGUCUAUGGACAUUGGUUAUGCAAAUGCCGUGCUCACAGAGAGGAGAACAGGCAAAGAGAACCCAGUUGAGAGCUCUGCAUCGAGUGUGGCAUACCAGAAGCUAUUGGCUGAAACACUCAACAUGAACCGGAGAAUUCUUACAUUCAAGAGCAAACCUCCUGCCCCAAUUGAACCAAUUCCUAGGGCAUUGCUUUCACCUCCAAGUCAUAAGGCCAAAUCCAGGCCCCGGAGACACAUUUCUCAGACUGCAGAGAAGAUAUUGGAUGCUCCCGAUCUCUCUGAUGAUUUCUACUUGAAUUUACUGGACUGGGGCAGCAACAACAUCCUUGCAAUAGCUCUUGAAAGCACGGUGUACCUAUGGGAUGCUUCAAACAGCUCCACCUCAGAGCUCGUCACAGUUUCUGAUGAUGAUGGUCCUGUUACAAGCAUUAGCUGGGCUGCUGAUGGGAGGCACAUUGCUAUUGGACUAAACAAUUCUUGUGUCGAAUUGUGGGAUUCUAUUUCUGUUAAACUGUUAAGAAAAUUGAAGGUUCACCAUGAACGAGUAGGUUCAUUGGCAUGGAACAAAGAGAUUCUCACAACAGGUUCAAGGGAUGGAAAUAUUAUCAACAAUGACGUAAGAGUUAGAUCCCAUAUUGUUCAAACCUUCUUGGGCCACCAGGAGGAGGUUUGUGGACUAAAAUGGUCUGCCUCUGGCCAACAGCUAGCAAGUGGAGGUAACGAUAAUCUCGUUUUCAUAUGGGAUAGGUCAGUUGCCUCUCCAAAUGCUCACUGGCUUCACAGGCUUCAAGAUCACACUUCAGCAGUCAAAGCCCUUUCUUGGUGUCCAUUCCAAGCGAAUUUACUAGCCUCUGGUGGCGGUGAAGGGGAUGAUACAAUUAAGUUCUGGAAUGCACACACAGGCUCCUGCGUAAAUUCAGUCAACACAGGCUCUCAAGUGUGUGCUUUACUGUGGAACAGCCAUGAACGCGAGUUGCUAAGCUCUCAUGGCUUUACAGAGAACCAGCUCAUCCUAUGGAAGUACCCUUCCAUGGUGAGGUUGGCAGAGCUCAGUGGUCACACUUCUAGAGUGCUCUAUAUGACGCAGGGCCCAGAUGGGUUCACUGUUGCAUCAGCAGGGGACGAGACUCUGAGGUUCUGGAAUGUGUUUGGGAUCCCAGAAGUUGCUAAAUCUGCUCCUAAACAAAGUCGGAUGCCAUUUUCUCCCAAGUACUACUGCAUUCGUUGAAGGUAAUGGAAAGUGACAAUAUCAGUAUAUUACCAAGUGACUGGGAUCCCAGAAGUUGCCAAGUCUGCUCCAAACAAAGUCUGAUGCCAUUUUCUCCCAAGCACUACUGCAUUCGUUGAAGGUAAUAGGAAGUGACCAUAUCACAAGUAAUUGUAUCACUGAUUGGGACACAAUGGAAAUUCUGUAUCAUAUAUCUGUAAAUGCUGCAGAGAAUUGCAUCUGUUUUUGUUGAA